GUGAACGUAGCUGUAGAUGAUUGCAUUAUCGACAGUUAAAUUAGGAACGUAAUUUGAAGUAAACAAAUAAAAACAAGGGGAAAUAAUAAUCAUUUCAUUUUAAAGUUUAAUUUAAUGUUGAUAUUGUUGCAAAGAAUUGUUAAAGCUGUCUAUAAAUAGUAGCUUAAGAUCUUCAAAUUUGGGGUCACUAACAUGGAAGAUUAUCUUGUGACAACGUGUUCUAUAACAGCUGAUUUUUUGAUGGCUAUUGGUAACGCGAAUUCCUAACCACGAUAUAUAUUUUUUAUAUAAUAAAAUUCCUUCAUGCGGCUUAACUGUGACACUUUAUUAAAGAAUAAUAUGUAUUCUAUUUUCGUUGGCUGUUGUUGUUGGUUAAGAUAGUGUAACAAAACACAAUGAUAUAUUGUAUAAAUAUAACAAUAUACCAAGUAUUAAGGCAAUAAGAAUCAUUCUAUUUUACAAUACAUCAAUUUACAAGAGGAGCAAACAUGAACGUUGGAAACAAAUUUGGCCAGAGGUUGCUCUUGUCGUAUUGUUCCUUCACUUGCAUUUAUUUUCCUGGCAUUCUGAUAUUACUCAAAUUAAAUGACAACUUGUACAAUGUAGGGAAGUACAAGUUUAUUCCAGUAUUAUUGAUACUUCUCUUUGCAGAAGUCAUUAAGCUUUUUUUCCCCAUGUUUCAUUCUGAAUCAGCUAUCAUAGGGAAAACUGAUUUAAGAACAUCCUCGAAAGCUAGAAGAUCUUUGUCAAGAUACAUUAGAGAGAUCUUUAAAUUCCUAUUGGUCGCUUUUCUUUUGUCUGUUACAUAUUAUAUUAUAAUUAUAUUGUUCGGUGCACCUGUAUUUAUGCACCAUGAAGAAACUACCAUGCUCACAGUUACAUUGACCACUCUUACAUUUGUUCCUGCUAGUCUGCAUUUAGGGGUUGAUGGUGCAUUAGAAAUUAUAACAGGAACACAAUCUCAAAAGGGUAAUAUUUUCGCGGAUGCAGUGAAGACUAAUAUUCAAGCAACUCUUUUGGGCACUUGGUUAGGUGCUAUUGUAAUUCCAUUAGAUUGGGACCGUCCAUGGCAAGCUUGGCCAAUCCCUUGUGUAAUAGGAGCUUUGCUUGGUUAUAUGAUUGCACAUUUUAUUACUCUUGCAAAAACAUUACCCGUAUUAAAAUUAUCUAAUAAAGUUUAUAGAUAAAUAAUUAAUGAUUACACGAAUAGUUUGAUGAAUAUAAUAAUUUAUUCAUAGAAGAAUGCAGUCAUGUGUUAAAAUAUUUCUUAACUGAUCUCUCACAUUAGAGUAUUUAAUUCUGCACAUAUUAAUUAAGGACAUUUUAUAGUUGACAAAAGUAUACAAUUGUAUUAUACAUUCUAGACAUUUUGAAAAAAUUUAUAAACUUAAUAAAUGAAAUUAAU